CGUGCCACCGGCUCCUCCUGCUCAGUGCCCACAGUCCCCGGCACCGACCCUUUGGGUUGGGGCAUGGACAUCACCACCCUCAGCCUCAGCCCUGGGCAAGUUUUACUCCUCCAAGCCCCCUCCUCAAUUACUCCUCAGACCACCUGCACUUUAUGUCUUAACCCCUUAUCCCCUGGGCAGCCCCCCAAGCUCUUACCCCAUGGGGUGGGCUCGUGGCGAGUCGGGCGCCGGUGCCGGCAGGGUCAGAGCGCGGCCAGUGGCAGCCGAGCACUCGGGGUCGUUGUGGCUGGGGGUGAAGAAACAGCCAAAGGUUGGAGGGUGGGUUUUGGCGGGUCUUUGGGGAAAGUUUCGGGGGGAUUGGCUUUGGCUGGAUCCCACUCGAGGGCGGCUGAGUUCGGGCUGGAGAAGCAGAGGGAGGAUCGGUACAGCUUUGCCGCGCUGAGCGUCGCCUGCGUGCACUACUGGAGCUCUCUGUCCCGCCUCGCCCGCCCUUCCCCCCAUUUCCUCCAAGCCCUCCGGACUCUCCUCCGUCACUUCGGCCCCGACACAGCCCCCGACUACCAGGAACUUCUUUCCACCUAUGGCACCCACUUUGUGUCCUCGGCCCGUGCGGGCGGCCGCCUGCGUUCCCUGGCCGCCAUCCGCUCGUGCCGGGCCGCCAUGGCCGGAAGCAGCACCCAGGAAGUAGCUGAUUGCUUAGGGGUGGAAGUAUCAGCAGGAGGAGGGGUUGGAAGAGCUGGUGCCAUGGCUGAAGCGUGUAGGAAAGCCAGGGAAAGCAAUCAGGCCAAUAUCAGCUUCAAUGAGCUCUACGGCGAGAGGCUCGUGGAGGUAGAAGGUGGCCACCAAGAUGGUGACCUACUCUACGGCAGGCCUGAGGCCUACAAAAAAUGGCUCCGCAGCCUCCCUGCCACCCCAGCUCUGGUAGACGCCGAUGUUCGUCCUCUCCACACCCUCCUCCCUCCUCAAAGCCCACGGAGGGAAGCUUUAAAAGCCGCCAUCAGCCAUUACAUCACCCACAGGGCCUUAAAACUCAACUGCAGCCGCCACUGUAGGGCUGGGAACCAUUUGAUCGGCCCUUGCGAGUGUGGUUGUGCCAAUAAUGCCUUGUCUACCCCUCAGUGCUGCUCCCACCGGAGUGGUUUGGCCACCAUGAAGGUUUGGGUGGUGUCUGGGGAAGGUUGGUGGUGGGGGGAUCACGUCACAGCCACUGACGCCUACGUCCGAGUCGCUUUCGGUAGCCACCAGCUCCGGACCCAAACGGUUUGGAACAACCAGAGACCAAAAUGGGGGUCUAAGAUGGAUUUAGGAGUGGUUGAAAUGAUCCCAGGGACCACUCUGAAGAUGGAAGUGUGGGAUGAAGACAAUAAGUGGGAUGAUGACUUGCUGGGGGCUUGCGAGGUGACAGUAGUAGCCGGUGGCUACCAAGAUGGAGUUUGUUUCCCUGGAGGUGGGAGGUUGGUAUUUGGGUACCAAGUGACUUGUGGCCCAGCUUUGGGGGGUCCCACUUGCCACGAUUAUGUGCCACAGACCCCACAGGGUGAGGGGGGACAACUGGAUCGAGAUUCUCAGUGGCCACCUGAGCCCUGGGAAUGGCACAAGGAGGAGGAGGAAGAGGAGGAGGAAGGUCCUGAUGGCAACUGGGGGGCUUCAGUGGCCACCAACAUGGGUCUGGAGCCCACAGUUGCCUUUGGGGAGCUGCCAGAGCCUUGGGGAGGAUUUGAGGAGAGGCCUGAGGGGAGAGAUCCCCCAAGAGAAGACGAGGAAGAGGAAGGUCUUGAUGGCUACAGGGGGGCUUCAGUGGCCACCAACAUGGGUCUGGAGCCCACAGAUGCCUUUGGGGAGUUGCUAGAGCCUUGGAGGGGAAUUGAGGAGGAGUCUCAAGGGAAAGACACCCAAAAAGCGGAAGAGGAGGGUCCCAAAGGCUCUUGGGGGGCUUCUGUGGCCACCAAAGUGGGUCUUGGUGGCCACCUGGAGCCCACAGAUGCCUUUGGGGAGCCCUGGGGGGGAUCUGGGGAGGAAUUUCAAGGGAAAGACCCCCAGGAUGGGUGUGGGGAGGGGUCUCUGGGCCCAUAG